GAGAAAAGCAACUCAUCAGCAACAGAGGCCAUCACUUGCACAGAUAAUUUGCAUUUCCUGCUCAUCUUUCUGUGCAGAGGCAUAUAUUUAAUCAUUCAAUUACACAGAGAAAGAAGAGGAAAAGAAGAUGUCACUGGCUAAAGAAAUCAUGGGUAGUUCUUUGAUUGAUAAAUCAUCAUUUGCAUCAAUGUCAUCUAAAGUUCUCUUUAACCAUAGUUUUCAUCAGAAGAAUCAAUUCUUGGUGAAACCAGUUUUGGUUCCUCUGCAACACAGAAGGAUUAAUGUACAAAGAGCAGCUGUGAGGGGUCCUGUUGCAGCUAUUAGCGAAGAUUUGAUCAGAGCUAAUAGUAAUAAAGAUACUGUGCCUGAAAAGGCGGUGACAUUCAAGGUGAGAGCUGUUGUCACUGUGAGAAACAAGAACAAGGAGGAUUUGAAGGAGACCAUUGCCAAGCACUGGGAUGCUUUCGCUGACAAGAUUGGGAGAAAUGUUGUUUUGGAGCUUAUUAGCACUGAAGUUGAUCCAAAAACCAACACACCGAAGAGAAGCAAGAAGGCUGUGCUAAAGGACUGGUCCAAGAAAUCAAAUGUUAAAGCUGAGAAGGUCCAUUAUACAGCUGAGUUUCAAGUUGAUUCCAACUUUGGGGUGCCUGGAGCAAUCACAGUGAGCAACAAGCACCAGAAGGAAUUUUUCUUGGAGACAAUCACCCUUGAAGGUUUUGCUUGCGGUCCAGUGCAUUUCCCUUGCAACUCCUGGGUCCAAUCCAGCAAAGAUCAUCCUGCAAAAAGGAUAUUUUUCUCUAAUGAGCCAUAUUUACCAAGUGAGACACCUGCUGGACUUAGAGUAUUAAGAGAAAAAGAACUAAGAGAUAUCAGAGGUGAUGGCAAAGGAGAGAGAAAGUUAUCAGACAGGAUUUAUGACUUUGAUGUCUACAAUGAUCUGGGAAAUCCUGACAAGGGCGUUGCGUUGGCCAGGCCAAAACUUGGAGGUGAAAACAUACCAUAUCCAAGGCGGUGUCGCACUGGCCGUCGCCCAACAGAUACAGAUAUAAAUGCAGAGGGUCGUGUAGAGAAGCCCUUGCCAAUGUAUGUGCCUAGAGAUGAACAAUUUGAGGAAUCAAAGCAAAAAACAUUUUCAGCUGGAAGGCUUAAGGCAGUGCUUCAUAGUCUGAUACCAUCAUUGAAGGCCACCAUUUCUGCUGAGAACCAUGACUUCAAUGCAUUUUCAGACAUUGAUAUCCUCUACAAAGAGGGGCUGCUUCUUAAAGUAGGGCUUCAAGAUGAAAUCUGGAGAAGUCUACCAUUGCCAAAGGCAGUUACCAAGAUUCAGGAAUCUAGUGAGGGACUUCUCCGAUAUGACACACCCAAGAUUAUUUCCAAGGACAAGUUUGCCUGGUUGCGAGAUGAUGAAUUUGCCCGUCAAGCAAUCUCAGGGGUUAACCCUGUCAACAUUGAGAGCCUGAAGGUUUUUCCUCCAAAAAGUAAUCUUGAUCCUGAAAUCUACGGUCCACAGGAGUCCGCUCUUAAAGAAGAGCACAUUAUAGGCCAUCUGAAUGGCAUGUCUGUUCAAGAGGCCCUGGAGGAAAAUAAACUCUUUGUAGUGGAUUAUCACGAUAUUUAUCUCCCAUUUUUGGAUCGCAUUAAUGCUCUUGAUGGUAGAAAAGCAUAUGCAACCCGAACCAUAUUUUUCUUGACCCCUCUUGGGACACUUAAGCCCAUUGCUAUUGAGCUUAGUCUCCCACCUGUUGGGCCAGGUUCCCAAUCAAAGCGAGUAGUUACACCUCCUGUAGAUGCAACUUCAAACUGGAUAUGGCAACUUGCCAAAGCUCACGUUUGCUCCAACGAUGCUGGGGUUCAUCAACUAGUAAAUCACUGGCUACGUACACAUGCUUGCCUGGAGCCAUUUAUACUAGCAGCACAUAGGCAAUUGAGUGCAGUGCACCCCAUAUUUAAGCUUUUGGAUCCACACAUGAGAUAUACGCUAGAGAUCAAUGCCUUAGCCCGCCAAAGUUUAAUCAAUGCUGAUGGUGUUAUUGAAUCCUGCUUCACUCCUGGCCGCUACUGCAUGGAGAUUAGUGCUGCUGCAUAUAAGAAUUUUUGGCGAUUCGACAUGGAAGGCCUUCCUGCGGAUCUGAUACGCAGGGGUAUGGCUGUACCUGACCCAACCCAACCACAUGGCCUGAAGCUUCUAAUUGAGGACUAUCCAUAUGCACAAGACGGGCUUCUUAUCUGGUCUGCAAUAGAAAACUGGGUCCGCAGCUAUGUCAACCGCUAUUACCCUAAUUCAAGCCUAGUUUGUAAUGACACAGAGCUACAAGCUUGGUAUGCUGAGUCUGUGAAUGUGGGCCAUGCUGAUCUCAAACAUGCAGAAUGGUGGCCCACAUUAGCCAACGUUCAUGAUCUUGUUUCAAUCCUCACCACCAUCAUUUGGCUUGCAUCUGCUCAACAUGCUGCUCUCAAUUUUGGGCAGUAUCCUUAUGGAGGCUAUGUGCCUAAUAGACCACCACUAAUUAGAAGAUUAAUUCCAGAAGAAAAUGGCACGGAAUAUGCAAGUUUCUUAGCUGAUCCACAAAAAUAUUUCUUGUCAGCAUUGCCAAGUCUGCUACAAGCAACAAAAUUUAUGGCUGUGGUAGACACCUUAUCGACACACUCACCAGACGAGGAAUACAUAGGUGAACGACAGCAGCCAUCGAUUUGGUCCGGUGAUGCUGAAAUAAUAGAUUCAUUUUAUGAGUUCUCAGCAGAAAUGAGACGGAUAGAGAAGGAGAUUGACAGAAGGAACAUGGAUCCUAGCCUUAGAAAUCGUUGUGGAGCAGGGGUUUUGCCAUAUGAAUUACUAGCACCUAGUUCAUCACCAGGGGUAACAUGUAGAGGCGUACCCAAUAGUGUGUCGAUAUGAGUGGAAAAAUGUGAGCAUACAGUGCAAUAUGCCUUCGAGUUGGCUCAAGAUUGUAGUGAGUUUCAGGUAUAGACCAUGACCAUUCUUAAUAUAAAUUGUAUCUACAUAUUGUGUGAGUGUAGGGUGCACUUAGUGGCACUUUUAACAUAGGAUUGUAUAUGCAAUAGAUUGGAAUAAGCAUAGCUCUGUAUCAUAAUCUUAUGCUAAAAUGAAGAGUGAGAAUUUUUAA